AUGACCAUCUUAGAAAAACACAUCUGGUACGGUUACGAUGUAAACCAGUUUAAAUUCUUCGCUCGGGCUAUUACAGAGGAUCCCGUUGAAAAACUACACAGAUUCGUUGUGUGUUUCUUCCUGGAAGACAAUACUUUGUCAAUUAUUAUUCUGGAUAACCAUCAUGACAGCAGUUUGGAGCUUCCUCGAUUUAGACGAAUGAAAGUUACGAAACCGCAAUCAAUUCACGAGAAUUCAGGGCGAUGUUUUUAUCGACCUUUAGACAUGUAUGUUGGUAAUGUGAUAUACGUUCGAGGAAAACCGUUUGAAUUACUGGAAGCCGAUGACUAUACUUACGAUUACAUGGAAAGGAAUGCAGAUGUGUUUCCUCUUUCGAAUGUUCGACUAAUUAUGAGCAAUUUUCAAGAAUGGGUUCCAACUAAACUGCAGCUAAUUAAAUCUCGUUUUGAGGAGAUGGAUGAUUCAAGAAUUGGAACCAUCGAUUACAAUAAUUUCAAAGAGGCUAUUUACGCAGAAAUUCCGGAGGAAUUGAAGGCUAAGUUUCCCGAGCAUGCAGUCAAGACUUUAGCUCGUUAUUAUGCAGAGGAUCGUUACAUCGGCUUGAAAUUGAAAGAUCUUGCGUCCAGAGUACACGCAGAACUAUGCAGAAAGAAGUUCUAUGAUUUUGAAAAUUUGAAGCUUGCCUUCUCAGUUUACGAUCAACAGAAAUCAAACUUCUUGGAUCCAGAGAGAAUUUACUACAUACUCAGAACAACUUCGUUGCCUAUAAGUAGAGAUCUAUUGAAAAGUUUUAUUUAUAAGUUUCCGAAGACAGAAAAUAAAAUCAACUAUAGAGACAUUGUUGAAGCUAUGAAUUGGAUGACUAGUCCAUCGUGUUUUUCCAAUUCCGAACCAUAUGCUAUUCAAAUAAAUUGGGAAAGAGUUCAAACAGAAAAAGACUUGAGCAGAAUAAAAUACAAUUGUUUUCUGAAGGACGCUGUACAUUCGUAAAAUAUCUUUUUUUCUGAAGAAAAUGCUUAAAAGUGGAAUGUGUUUUAAGAAUACAUAUUUAUUCAAUUUUAAUUUAUAAAGAUAUCUUUAAGGCAAGUAACCUUAAGGUAAUCUUAAGCUAAUUAAAAAAGUAACCGCAAAUAAUUUAGAAUAAAAGUGAUUUAAAUAUUUGUUUAAAAA